AUCUGAAGGAAGGAGAUGAAGAUAAGGAAGAACAAAGGAAGACGGCUAUGGGGAAAGAGGAGGAGACUAGUUUUCCAAGCUUUUCUUGGAGGCAAAAAGCACUGAUCCAUGAUCCAUGUCUUCUUGGAGACCUUCCAUCACCAUUGCUACACCCCUCAAAAGCUCUCUACAAUCAAUCACCAAAGUGGCUUUCUUGUGAUUCUUCUUCCAAGUGUUGAUGUUUAUAACUUGCUCAA